AUGCAUUUCGCUACUUCGGCUCUAGCCUUCGUUGCCUCUGGUGCUGCUGCCAGCGCCGCCAGCGUCACCUUCUGGACUCUCGACCAUGCCACCCGCACUGUCUACUUCACCCCCAGCUUUGGUUCCUCUAAGCUCGACUCCGUCGUCGUCAGCAACGCGGAGAAGAAGGUUGUCCAUUUCCCCGACAACUGGACGGGCAAUUUCUACGCCGUGCAAGAGGGCCAAAACAACGUUCCUGGUAUGCUUGGCGAAGUCAACUUCAACGCUUGGAACGGCCUGACCUACUUCGAUGUCUCCGCUAUCGUUAACCCCAGCGACCACAACAACGUCAAGCAGAUGUGGCCUGCCAGUGCCGAGUCCCCAAUGUCUGGCUGCGAGGUCUUCCCUUGCAACAACGCCUACUACCUUCCCAAUGACGUCCAGACCAAGGCCACUAAGGAGACCCACAUCAUCACCAGUCUUGGCUCUGGUUCCACCGGCCUGAAAUUCGCUGAGGCGCAUUAA